AUGUUCCUCGAUCCCACUCCACUCGCCAUUGCACUGGCAAUCAUCCUCUCCACAUCCCCUCAUGUCCUUGCAGCACCACAUAGAAAACAUCAUAACAUUGUACUUGGUCGAUCAAAUGAUCAAAUCCAAAAUUAUGAUCAGCGAUAUGCACAUGGUCCACUGCAAAUUGCCACGCCAUCGUUUCAAACUCCUUCUGUAACCGUGCAGAGUGUCAGGACUAUCACAGUGUUUCCGACACCGGUUCGGACGCUGAUGCCGAGUAAUAUGCAAUUUUUACCGCCUCCUGGUAUGCCAAUGCCAAAUGGGACUAGGAAGCCUGUUGAGAAGUCCUCUUCUACGUCGUCAUCUUCAUCGUCAACGGCACCUACAACAACUUCAAAGACAACAGUGUCAUCUACGUCACAAGCAACAAAAGCGGCUGCGGCAUCAUCGUCAUCGGCCUCGAUUAUAGUCGUUGCUCUACCUUCGAGCUCAUUCACUAUCACUGUGCCAGGCGCAACCUCAGUCACUAUCCCGUCAAUUGCCACACCAACCACUACUCUACCUUCUAUAAUUGCGAUCGAGGACAACGCUGCUUCCGAAAUCCUCUCGGUUCUUGCGACAGAUCUAGCACAGACAACCAACACCGAUUCCAACUCUGACUCUGGCGAUACAAAUUCUAUGCAAUCCGAUGCAGGCACGGAGACAAAUUCAUCUCAGCAAUCAGCUAUAACAGCAGCAACAUCAACCUGUUCGCGCGGGACAACUCGUAAAUGCUGUUCUGCCGCGCAUAACGAUCUAAAGAAAGUCGUCAAUGCUCUGGAUGGUAUCACUGGAUUCGACCUGAGUUUCCUUAGACCCGAUACAUCGGUAGGACUCGACUGUGCCGAUAUCAAUGACAAUGAUAGCACUGAAGAUGGUGCCGUAUGCUGGGAUGUUACAACCUUGAGCUCAAUUUAUGUGGGCUGUGUGCCGGUUGUUUGA